AUGGAAGAUUUGAUGGACAUGGACAUGAGCCCCCUGAAGCUGCAGAACUAUCUUUUUGGUUGUGAACUAAAGACUGACAAAGAUUAUCAUCACUUCAAAGUGGACAGUGAUGAAAAUGAGCACCAGUUAUCUUUAAGAACGGUCAGUUUAGGCGCUGGCGCAAAGGAUGAACUGCACAUUGUUGAUGCAGAGGCAAUGAAUUAUGAAGGCAGCCCGAUUAAAGUCACAUUGGCAACUUUGAAAAUGUCUGUACAGCCAAUGAUUUCCCUUGGGGGCUUUGAAAUAACGCCUCUUGUGGUCGUAAGGUUUAGGUGUGGUUCAGGGCCUGUGCAUAUUAGUGGACAGCACUUAGAAGCUGUGGAGGAAGACGCAGAGUCAGAAGUCGAAGAGGAAGAGGAUGUGAAGCUAUUAAGUAUAUCUGGAAAACGAUGUGCCCCUGGAGGUGGCAGCAAGGUACCACAGAACAAAGUAAAGCUUGCUGCUGAAGAAGAUGAUGAAGAUGAUGAUGAGGAGGAGGAAACUGAAGAAAAAGCUCCAGGGAAGAAAUCUAUACAAGAUACCCCAGCCAAAAAUGCACAGAAAUCAAACCAGAAUGGGAAAGACUCAAAACCAUCAACACCAAGAUCAAAAGGUCAAGAAUCCUUCAAAAAACAGGAAAAAACUCCUUAAACACCAAAAGGUCCUAGUUCUGUAGAAGACAUUAAGGCAAAAAUGCAAGCAAGUAAAGAAAAAGGUGGUUCUCUUCCCAAAGUGGAAGCCAAAUUUAUCAAUUAUGUGAAGAAUUGCUUCCGGAUGACUGACCAGGAGGCUAUUCAAGAUCUUUGGCAGUGGAGGAAGAUUCUUUAAGAAAAUAGUUUAAGCAGUUUGUUAAAAUUUUCCAUCUUAUUUCAUUUCUGUAACAGUUGAUAUCUGGCUGUCCUUUAUAUAAUGCGGAGUGAGAACUUUCCCUACCGUGUUUGAUAAAUGUUGUCCAGGUUCCAU